AUGUCUGCGACGCACCCCCUCAGCUCUCUGGCACCCAACGAGAGCGACUCCUCUACAGCCACCGCGUACAAGCAAACGCGUCCAUCUGUGGAGGGGCAGAUGCGGCUGCUGCUUCUAGGCUUGUGCGUAACCAUCGCGGUUGCCACGUUCGCUGGCGGCGUGUUUUCACUACUGUCUCUGACUCGUAUGCGAAGGAAGACCUCUCUGUGCCUCAUCGUGGCUUCUAUGUCUGUGGACGAUCUGCUCAGCGUGGUGCCCCUGUCCCUCUUCAUGCUCCUGCAGUGGCAGAGGGACGAGGGCUCCGGGGGGCUGUGCACUUUGUCUGGACUUUUGUACGUGUUCCAGGGUGUCUCGAGCAACAUGAAAGCCUUUCUCAUCGCUGCCUACACCUUCUAUGUGACUAAGAGGUUCGGGGUGCUCCAUUCAGCCCGCCAGCCCCUCCGAGUGGCUUGGGCAAUAGCCGGAGUGUGGGCUGUCAGCUUGACCGUGAGCGUGUUACCCCUUUGCGGCUGGGGAAGUUUCGCCCCUGCGUCUCUAGGAUGUUUCCCAGAGAUAGACAGCUUGUACAUCUUGCUCCUCGUCUCCCUGUACUCCAUGUGUUUCUGUGGGCUGCUUAUUUUCUUUAUCCCUCUCACCUACCAGCUGCUGUGCUCCAGGGAGCCCCAGAGAGCUCUGCUCUACCCCACUUACCUCGACGUGGCCGAGGGCAUAACAGCGUCCACGCACUUCUGUCUUGACAGCCCCAAUCAAAGUUUGGGCACUUACAACGAGUUGAGUCCCAGCUCCUGUGGGACCGUGGGUUCAAAGCUGCGGGACAGAAAGGACAGCGGCCUCUCUCCGGUGUGUGCGGCCGGACAGAGGACAGCAGGUGUGGGUGAUACGCCUGUGGUGUUCGCUCAGAAGCGCUUCUCCAUGGUCCUGGCAAUGCUUAGAGUCAUUCUGUGGAUGCCCAUAAUGACCCUGGUUCUGGUGAGACAUGCAGUGAAUGCCCGCAGCUCAUCUCUGGAAACUCUGAGCUUCUUCCUGACUCUGCUGGCCCCAGCCAUGACCCCCCUGUUUGUUCUAUCCGAGCGCUGGAUACACAUGCCCUGUGGCUGCUUUAUCAACUGUAAAAGAGACCCAGCACACCAACACUCAGUGCUGAAAAGAGGACUCGAGUUCAACCUGUCUUUCCAACAAGGCUACGGCAUUUAUAAGCUGUCCCAUGCUGCUCUGUCUCCUCCAAGUCCUUCCAGCCAGAAGCUCCCGUACCACAGCCUCUUCAACUGUGAUUUAUCCAACCCCGGCCUCUCCACCCUGCAGAGAUCAGGGCCUUGUUUUGAUUUCAGCACCCCCCACGUUCUGGACAGCUCCUCUCAUGCAGAUCUGUUGUUGGAGGCUGAGUCUGGUGGUGCUGAAUGUUCUAACCUCCCUCAUGAAGAGCACCAGGAUGACAAUGAGUUCCGCUGUGUUCCCCCUCAGCAGCUCGGCUUCACAGAUACCUCGUCGGUCUUCGAGGGACCAGAGAGAAGGCUGUCUCAUGAAGAGUGUCGCAAAAUUGAGUUGACAGAUUGGGAGUGGUGCCGGAGCAAGUCAGAGCGGACUCCCAGACAGCGGUCGUCAGGUGGCCUCUCAAUACCCCUGUGUGCAUUUCAAGGCACAGUCUCUCUACAGGCCCCCACAGGAAAAACCCUCUCACUGUCCACGUAUGAAGUCAGCAGCGAUGGGCUCAGAAUCUCCCCCAACAACGGCAAGAAGGUUGAAGUUUACCGUUCCAAGUCAGUAGGCCAUGAGCCAAGCGCAGAUGACCCAUCUUCAGGUGGACAAGCGGCAGACGUGAAUGUGAGCAACGUCGGUAUGGCUCUGGACAUCGGCAUGGGCAUUGGGGCUGGAGUGGGCGACACCAAUGUGAAGAUCCAUCUGGAAGUCUUGGAGAUCUGUGACAAUGAAGAAGCUUUGGACAGUGUCUCCAUCAUCUCCAACAUCAGCCAGUCCUCCACGCAUGCCCGCUCUCCUUCACUGCGUUAUUCAAGGAGAGAAAACCGCUUUGUGUCAUGUGACCUGGGAGAAACGGCGUCCUAUUCAUUGCUCAUCCCCAGCGCCGUGAAUACAGAGGCGGAGAGCAUCAACAUCACCAUACCAGACACUGUGGAGGCACAUCGGCAGAACAGCAGGCGCCAAAUACAAGAGAAUACAGGCUAUCAUGAAGAGAUACAGCUGCUGAACGAGGCCUAUAGAAGACAGACUGGGGAAGAAGACCAGUGA